GGUAAGAAAGAGCCCUCGUCGCCCCCUGCCCCAAAGCAGAGCUCUCUCUCUGUCUCUCUCUCUAUCUCUCUCUCUCUCGCGGAGAAGAAGACGAUAUCCGGUCGCUAAUGGAAGAGAUUUGAGUUGGGCUUGCAAUGCUGGGAUUGAGUCAGGGAGCUAGCGUUUGAUGGAUUCGAAAAGAGAUGGAGAGGAGGUCAGGCCGUUGCGGACCAGCGAUAGGCUCCGGCAGCGGCCGAAGUAUUUUGGCCGUGCCUAUCUGUAUUUUAAGCCUCCGAUAAGGAAGAAGAUGAAGACCAAGAAGAGGACUGCGGCGUCGCAGAUUGCAAAGAAGCUACUGCGGCCGAGGAAUCGGCCGUCCCAGGCUCCCCCCUCUGAUUCUAUUGCUGCAAAUCUUCGCCGUUCAACAAGAAAAAGAAAGAUUUCUAUAAAUCUGGAAGAUUAUGAAACAGACAGUUCCCGAACAGAUGAUGAUGAUUUAAUGGCACCCAGAUAUCGCUCUUCUAAAAAUAAGGUAGAAAACAAUGCAAGUCAUGAUGAAGUAUCAGCCUCUCCAAGGAACAGAAAGAUCCCAAAUACUAAAUCCCUUCCCCGCCGUGAAGGUUUACGGCCUAGAAGAUCACUGAGGAGAACAAGAAUGCGACCAUAUCAAGAAUCAGAAGAUGAACAGGAAAGCUCUGAAGCGCAAGCUGCACAGGAUGAGACAGAAAAUGGAAAUGAUGUUGAGGAGGAUGGUGGAAAUGAAGAGGAAGGUGACGGGGAGGAUGAAGCAGAGGAAGAUGGGGAUGAUGAAGAUGGUGAGGAAGAACAGGAAGGUAGGAGGAGAUAUGACCUACGGAACCGUGCAGAGGUUCGCAGACUUACUCCUGAGAAAGAGGGGAAACAGCGACCACGGUCCCCUCGCAGAGUACUGCAUCAUGGAAUGGGCUCCAAAAACCCUAAGUAUCUAAGAAAAGGUGGAUCUCGAGUUCAUAAGCGACAUCGUUUGUCAUUACCUGAUGAUUCUGACGAUUCUCUUCUUGUGGAUGAAAUGGAUCAAGGUCCAGCUAUUCCAUGGAUGAGAAGUGGUAGUAGAGGUGGGACGCCAUGGCUUUUGGGGGGUUUAGAUAUGCACAGUUCAACAACAUGGGGACUGAAUGUAGCUGCAUCUGGGUGGAGUCACCAAGGUGACAAUAUUGCUUCUCUUACUACCGGUGUUCAAACUGCUGGACCGAGCUCAAAGGGAGGGGCAGACAUUCAGCCUUUACAAGUUGAUGAAAGUGUGAGUUUUGAUGACAUAGGGGGUUUGUCAGAAUAUAUUGAUGCAUUAAAGGAAAUGGUAUUCUUUCCCCUACUAUAUCCCGAUUUCUUUGCAAAUUAUCACAUCACUCCUCCAAGGGGAGUACUGCUGUGUGGUCCUCCUGGCACAGGAAAAACACUAAUUGCUAGAGCAUUAGCUUGUGCUGCCUCAAAGGCUGGUCAGAAGGUUAGUUUUUACAUGCGCAAGGGAGCUGAUGUUCUCAGCAAAUGGGUAGGAGAGGCAGAGCGACAACUGAAAUUGCUCUUUGAAGAAGCUCAAAGGAAUCAGCCAUCCAUUAUUUUUUUUGAUGAAAUAGAUGGCCUUGCUCCUGUUAGAUCAAGCAAACAAGAACAGAUUCACAAUUCUAUUGUUUCGACUUUACUUGCUUUGAUGGAUGGUCUUGAUUCCCGUGGGCAAGUUGUUUUGAUAGGAGCAACCAAUAGAAUUGAUGCUAUUGAUGGCGCUUUGCGCCGCCCUGGUCGCUUUGACCGUGAAUUUAUUUUUCCUUUACCUGGGUAUGAAGCACGUGCUGAAAUAUUAGAUAUUCAUACACGCAAAUGGAAGGAACCCCCGUCGAGGGAGUUGAGGAUGGAACUUGCUGCUAGUUGUGUUGGAUAUUGUGGAGCAGAUUUGAAAGCUCUAUGCACAGAAGCUGCCAUCCGGGCAUUUCGUGAGAAGUAUCCUCAAGUGUAUACUAGUGAUGACAAGUUUGUCAUAGAUGUUGAUUCCAUUAGGGUGGAAAAAUAUCAUUUCUUAGAAGCCAUGUCUACAAUCACACCUGCUGCUCACAGAGGAUCCAUUGUGCACUCCAGGCCGCUGUCUUCAGUUGUUGCUCCAUGUCUGAAAAGACAUCUCCAAAGGAUCAUGGAACACAUGUCUGAUAUUUUUCCGUGUCUUUCAGCUUUUGAUGUGAGCAAGCUGUCUAUUCUUUCUUAUGGUUCGGUGCUUUCUCUUGUUUAUAAGCCUCGCCUUUUGAUAUGCGGUGACGAAAGUGUCGGGCUGGAUCAUGUUGGGCCAGCCAUCUUGCAUGAAUUGGAGAAAUUUCCUGUUCACCCUCUUGGGCUUCCUUCUCUUCUUUCUGAUCCAAGUGCAAAGACUCCAGAAGAGGCUCUGGUACAUAUAUUUGGUGAAGCAAGGCGAACAACACCUUCUAUACUUUACUUACCACAAUUUCAUAUUUGGUGGGAAACUGCACAUGAGCAGCUUAAGGCUGUCUUGAUGACCCUUUUGGAGGAACUGCCAUCCAAUCUUCCCAUUUUAUUACUUGGAACAUCUUCAGUGCCCUUAAGCGAACUUGAUGAGGAGUGUAUUUCCAUAUUUGGUCUUCGUAAUGUGUAUCAAGUGGAUAGACCAACGACAGAUGACAGGGCUAGAUUUUUCGAGCAACUGCUCGAAGCUUUGCUCUCUAUUUCACAGGAAGAGUCAAUGGGAAAAUCAAAAGAACCAAAAUCUCUUCCGGAACUCCCCAGAGCACCAAAAGAAGUGAGUGGUCCAAAGGCUUCAGAGCUAAGAGCCAAGGCAGAAGCUGAGCAACAUGCCCUUCGCCGUCUGCGGAUGUGUCUCCGAGAUGUUUGCAAUCGAAUUCUCUAUGACAAACGGUUCAGUGUAUUUCAUUAUCCAGUCAUGGAUGAGGAUGCGCCAGAUUAUCGUUCAAUUGUUCAUAAUCCUAUGGAUAUGGCUACUCUGUUGCAGCGAGUGGAUUGUGGACAUUAUCUCACACGUGCAGCAUUUCUGCUAGAUGUUGACCUCAUUGUGGCAAAUGCAAAGGUAUAUAAUGGAGAUGACUACAAUGGAACUAGGAUUGUAAGCAGAGCUUAUGAGCUUCGAGAUGCGGUGCAAGGUAUGUUGUCCCAAAUGGACCCAGCUUUGGUUUCAUUUUGUGACAAGAUUGCAGCACAGGGGGGCCCUUUGCAUGUGGUGGAUGACACAGAUGGCUUGGGUCUUCCAGCAGCACCUGUUGUUCAAUUAGCUGCUGUUACUAGAACAAGUGCCCGACUUCGUAAUGUUCAGCCAGAGGUAAAGCUGUCACAAAGUUAUGAAGCAUUAAAGCGGACCAAGAAAAACACCGACAAUGAAAAUACAGAGGUAUUAUGUCACAUGAUUUCAGGCUCGAGCCGAGAAGACAGAGCUGCUGCUGAACCUGAUUCACUGAAACUGAGUUCCUCUCAACCAGGACCAUUUGAAGAACCAGAAAUGAAUGGGACAUCAAAAAGACCAGAAAACCCUGUUAAUAAUGAACUUCCAGAGGCAUCUGUAGUGGCUAGCAGCCCCCUGGCUAGUGAGAACUCCCAAGAUGUGGUAAUGACCGAUGUAGAAAUUUCUGAACAAAUUGACACCGUGAAGCAGCUUCUUAUGGAACGCACUGAAGGCUAUGGUGUGCCACAGCUUGAGAGGCUUUACACCCGUGUAAUAAAAAGCGUGAUAGCAGUGACAAGUAAAGAAGGUAGAGAGGAUCAUAAGCUGUUAAUCUUGAGGCAUCUGUUGAAAUUUGUUGAGGAUGAUGAAAAUUUUUAACCGUUCCGGAAAUAAAUUCCUUUUUUAGUUUUGUA